CGGCGGCGGCUUCGGCGCGGCCCCCGCUCCGCGUUUCUUUCCGCGACGGAGAAAGAAAACCGUCGACGACGCGACGGCGGACGCGUGGGCGUCGACGUCCCGACGAGGACGAGAGGAGGGACGACGUGGAGACGGAGGAGAGAAUAGGUAGUGCGCGCCUGGCCGAUCGAAAGCGUCGAUUUUGUGAUCUCUCGUGAAUCUCCGCUCUCGGGACUCGGCACUCAGGCGGGGAAGGUCGGCAAGGUCGCGCGCGCGCGCGCGCGCCGCGCACGGAUGGAUUCGUCCCGCGGAGGUAGUAGCACGCUACGCCGCCCCGAGAUUCGCGUCACGGGCCAAGAUGGCGGCGGAUUUCGGACAGGAUCCGGACGGACGCUGCGCCGCGCCGCGCCGCGCCGAGGAGAUAAAUUCCGCCUUGUACUGGCGACGACGUUACGCGAGGACGGGUAUCCAGACGGUAACGAGUGGAGCCCUAUGGAACAGGAGGGCGGUUCCAGAGCAGACAGCUUUGAAUACGUCAUGUCCGGCAAGGUGUAUCGAAUCGAAGGCGACGAAGCCAACAACGAGCCCAGCAGCAGACUAUCAGCCUACGUAUCUUUUGGAGGUCUGCUGAUGAGGCUACAGGGCGAUGCGAACAAUUUGCACGGUUUCGAGAUAGACCAACAUAUGUAUUUAUUAAUGAAGAAACUUGCAUUUUGAUUUUUCCUAUCAUUGCCAUUCUACAUUAUUAAAAAAUUCUUUCAACAAAUGUAUCCAUUACCGAAAAUAGAAACUCGCACUUCAUAUCUUAACAUGUGUACAAUAUUAAACAUACCAAUUAUUAUACAAUUUAUCAUUUUUUUUACAGUAAUAUGAAUUUAUUGUAUUUACACGAAAGUUUCUUUGAAGAUUUACUUGGACGGGACUUUAAGCUGUUUGCUUGAUUUUAUAUUUAAAGGAAAUUAUCAAGUUACCUGAGCUUAUCGUCUCACGAUUGCCACUAGAGCUUAAGAGGAAUAAAAAUAUUUUUCACCUU